AUGGCAGAAGCCGACACCUCUUCUCCGACCUCUCCCCCACUAACUCUCUACUUUGGCUACGGCUCCAACCUCUGGCUGCACCAAAUGGCCACGCGAUGCCCCGACUCGCAGUACCUCGGCAUCGCCCUCCUCCCACACUACACAUGGCUAAUCAACGACCGGGGCUACGCCAACGUCGUCUCAGCUCCAUGUCCCGACACCGCGACAUCCGGCUCAUCACGCUACAAAACCAGCGUCUACGGCCUCGUCUACUCACUCACGCCCAGCGACGAAGCACGGCUCGACAUCAACGAAGGCGUGCCCAUCGCCUACACAAAAGAAUACCUACCCUGCUCCUUCUGGGCCGCCACUUCGCGCGAACCCGGCACUAAAAUCGACACUUCGCAGCCGCCCUCUGAAACCAACAAGCGCCUGCUCGUCUACAUCGACCGCGUGCGCACCGCGCCGUCGACGCCGCGCGACGAAUACGUGUACCGCAUGAACCGCGGGAUCCACGAUGCGCUUGGAUGCGGGGUGCCGGGCGAGUAUGUGGACGAGGUGAUGCGCAAGUACAUAGCUGCUGAUGAUUAUGAGGAGGAGGAGGAGGAGGAGGAGGAUGGAGAGGAUGGGAAGAAGAAAAGGGAAGAGAGGGAGAAGAUGGCCGAGUUUGCGAGGGGGCAGGCGGCGAGGUUUAGGGAUGAGAGUGGGGUUUUUGAAUGA